AUGAAAACUUUUGGGGACCUUAGAGAGAAUGGAGGCAUCCCAGUGUUGGUGGGGGGCCCAUCUGGGCAGCCAGCUCUCCUCCCUCUGCUUUUGGUGGUGGUGAUGUCCUUUUUCUGCUCAGCUAUAUCCAUAGAUGAGGAACAAAAGAAGAUGGUAAUGAAGGAGAAAAUAAUGCAGUUGGUGGGGGGUGGGGCGGGAAGGAGGGAGCUGGUGCUGAAGAAAGAAGAAGAGAUGGCUAAUAAGAGGCUCAUGAUCCUCAAAAAGGCUGAGAUGAAGCAGGCCAUGAAGUCCCAAAAGUUCUGACCCAGCAUGCACUUUUUCUAGGCAAAGAAUCUCAUUGAGAAAAGUGAGGUGUUUAAUAUCCUGAAGAAGAUGCCAAAAGAUAGAGCUGCUAAUGUGAUGCCACUAAAUGCAGAGCUGAGGAGAAACAUGCAGUCAUACACUAUUAUAUUCUACCAGAAAGACCCAAAAGAUAUAAAUAAUGCCAAGAGUCAGAACAGUAAAGUGUACCUCCCAAGGAAUUUCACUCUGAUGACCAAGAACCCCAAGGUGACUUAUACAAAUCAAGAUAUUGUCUGGUCUAAGUUUGAAACCACCUUUUUUAUGAUCUCUGGUCUUAUUAACUAUGCACCAGUGUUUAGAGACUACAUCUUCCAGGGCUUGGAGGAGUUCUACCAGGACAAUGUGUUCUACCUGGAGCUCAGAACCAUGUUGCUCCUGGUUUCCGAUAUGCCCAAGACAGUGUCUUCCAGUAGAGCUCAGGGCAUGGCUGUGGUGGACUGGCAGUGUUAG